AUGAAAUCAGUUGGGGAACAGCAACAAAAGCAGGUUGCUGAGAUCAAGAAGAUUGAUGGCUUGGAAGGACAUGAAGAGGUGUGCUUUAUCAACAACAAUGGAACUUGGUAUAGGAAAGAGCCCAACUUUCAAUACCAAAACAACUACCAGCAAAAGCCCCUCUACAACAACCAACAAGGUGGUUAUCAAAGCAACCAGCCUACUCAAGCUAGAGGAAGCUCUUCUCAAGCUCAAGUUCCAAGUUCAACCACGGAAUCUAUGUUCAAACAAAUCCUAGAAGCUCAAGGGAAAUUUGCUAAGGACAUUGGAGAUGAGUUCAAGGCUGUUCAUGCCAAGAUUGAUGGAACUUAUUCUGACCUCAACAACAAGUACAUGCAACUUGCCUCUCACGUCAAAGCUUUAGAGAGCCAGGUUGCUUCUUUGCCUUCAUCCUCCAAGCAGCCUAUGGGAACUCUACCAGGGAAAGCAGAGGCAAACCCAAGAGAACAUUGCAAUGUUCUCCUCUCUAGUGACACUUCUCAGGUCGCCAACUACAAGAGAGAGGUAGAUGAGAUUGAAAGAUUGGUGUUUGGAACUGAAAUUGAACAGGUUGAGCAUGUGGUUGUUGCAACAGCUGAGUCCAAGAUUGUGCAAGAAGCUGACAGGAUAGUUGCAGCAAAGGUUGAGCAGAGCAGAGAGCACAAGGCUGAGAAACCAGUUGAGAGAAGAUCUGAUCAGAGGCUGAAUGUGGUGAAGCAGGAAGACACUGAGGUUGAGCUAUCCCCCUAUGACAAGCUCCCUUUUCCAGAGAGAUUCCUCACCAAAGCUCAAAAGAAGGUGGUCUCCAAAUUCAGAAAAGACUUGAGUGAUAUUGGAGUAAGGCUUCCAGAGAUUCACAACAUGCAAGCUGCUCAUGUCCAGAUGAUGCUCAUCAAAGACAUUCUAGACCACCAAGCUGAAGUAGCAGAGCUCCUGGACAUCUCUACACUCAAGCUUGAUCCACCAAUCCCACCCAAGUCCCUCCCUAAACUAGGACACCAAGGGAUGUUCACUUUGCCUUGUUCCCUUGGAAAGCUUAACUUUGAUGAUGCUCUAGUGGAUUCUGGUGCAAGUGUGAAUGUGAUCUCACUUGAGGUGAUGAAGAGUCUAGGGAUUGAGCACAUGCUACAAGACACAUCUAAGCUCCAAUUUGGGGAUUCCUCUUCUACAACCCCAAUUGGUAUCAUCAAGGAUUUCCCUUUGAGCUUGGAGCAUGCACCAUCCCUAUAG